GCCGCGUCGUCAAUACCUCGUUCUUCUUCUCCUUUUAGCGUCUCGUCUCACACGACGUCCAUUCAACAUCCGAAUGUCCAACAUCCUACUCGCAACUCACGUAACGACCAAAACAUCGCACGCAAGAAAUCUCCGGCUCCCGCCGCGUUGGGAAUCCUCAGGGCGUUAGAACCUAGUCACCUGGACUCGCAGUCCAAUUUUCAUCAAGACUCUUCUGACGAUCAUCACCCGCCAAGCGAGCCCGUACGUGCGAAGGAGAAGAGAGGUUUCUGGGAGGGAAUGUUGAAGGAUCGGGAGAGUAAGGCAAAGGAAAGAGAAAGGGAAAGGGAGAGGGAGAGGGAGCGGACGAGAGACCGAGAUCGGCGGGACGAUGACGUCGGCGGUGCUGAGCUGACAAGAAUGAUUGGCUAUCUCACUGCAACAGCAUCUGAGGAUUGGUCGAUUGUGCUCGACGUCUGCGAGAGGGCGUCCGCUAGCGAAGCUAAUGCCAAAGAGGCCGCAAAGGCUCUGAGACGGGAGUUUAAGCAACCAAAAUCACAGCUGGCUGCAGCAAGAUUGUGGGCAAUUAUGCUUCGGAACGCUUCAGAUGUUUUCCUUGCACAGAUUUCUCAGAGGAAGUUCAUAGAAAACUUGGAAGAUGUCCUAACGUCCUCUCGAACCUCGCCAGUCGUUCGGGAACGAUUGAUGGAGGUAUUGGCGGCGGCGGCCUACAUAUCAUCGCGAUCUCAGCCGGCAGGUAAAGACAAGGAGAAAGAGAGAGAUGGAUUUCGUGGCUUAUGGUGUCGUCUCAAGCCUGCGGAUAAACCGGAGUGUGGAGUGCCAUUUGAUACGGAUGAUGCGAUGUUCAGUCCUCCCGUCACCUCUCUGCGGAGGCCUAGUUCGCAGUACUCCCUCGAGACGCCUACUUUUGCACAGCAAACAUUCGCCAGAGGAGUAUCACCCACCCCUCCGCCAGUGGACCGAACUCCCCAGCCGCAGGGUCGCCGGCGUCAUCGCGGCAUAAUUCCUCUGGAGGAGGAUAUGCAACGACUAUUCCAGGAAUGUAAAAUAGCCCGCGGCAACGCCAACGUGUUGUCCGAUGCCUUGGCAUUUGCGAAACCGGAAGAUCUUGAAGGAGAGCUCGUCCGUGAAUUCAUGGCGAAAUGCCAUUCGUCGCAAGAGUUGAUCCAUACGCAGAUACCAUGGGCAAGUUCGGGUGCAGAAAGGUCUCGAGCGGAAAGAGCCCUACAAUCUGAGCAUGGUCGAUCAACACAUGGUUCCCAUCAAGAUCUUCAUGCGGGUCUAGACGAGCCCCCAAAUGAACUUACCAUAGAAGAAGAGUUGCUUGCAGCCCUUCUCGAUGCUAACGAGGCACUUCUCGGGGCGUUGCGUAUGUAUGACGACCUCUCAAGGGUUGCUGUCGAAAGGGCAAUGGAGGAGAGGAGCAAGCGGGAAGUAAGGAUGAGCAGAAGGGAUUGGCUAACGGCUGCGAAGCAAUUUGACGAGCAGCUCGGUGAACCUCCCGGAGGGCACAGCGGGCCGCCAAGAACUGCAUCGCCGCCGCUUCCUUCCCCUCCAACGUCACCACGUCAGCAAUUUGAAGUGCCCAUAGUCGUACCCUCCCCCAAUCACCCAUUACCACGGAUACCACCGAGUUUGAUGAACUUAAUGCCCAACACCCCUUCACUAGCUCAGAUUACUUCACAGCAUUACCAUUCGCAGUCCACGACACCAACGCUACUAGCGCCGCCUCACCCCCUUGGACCCCGUUCGCCCUCGCAACCUCAAACUCACUCUCGCACGCCUUCUCCGGAUCGGAUGCAACGAUUCUCGAGGAAUAAUUCCCCCGAGAGUAGGAAAGAUUCAUUACCUGAAGGAGUGGAACGGAUGCAUAUCGAGGACGACGAAUCUGCUAGUGAAGAAGUUCAUACUCCCAUACGUCCCAGCGAGAAGGCACUCGGAAAACGGCGGGUUAUUUAUGAGUCCGAUGCGUACGAUACGUGCGACCAAUACAGUGACAAGAACCCUACAUCGUCCUUUCGAGAUUCGGUAUUGGAUUCUGACUCGGAUGAGGUGGCAUAUAUGCCACGGCGUCCUCCGGUACGGUAUGUUUAUGAUGCGGCAGCGGAGCGUACGGCACAGCAACUCAAAGAAGGUCGCGUCCUUGUCAAUGGAGUUCAUUAGCUGGCUCUUGAUGCAAACUCCUUCGAUCGUAGAAGUUCAUGUUCAGGUGUCGGACGUCUUGUAAUUUGCUGUACAGUAGUAUGUAACUUUGCAUAGCUUGUCACUUGGUGUUCUUUUCUUUCUUUUUUUGGUGUUUGAAGCAGGCACGUUUGUUUGGACAUGUGUGUGUCGGUGCUGUACCACACAUUAACGGCCUGCCUGCUCACUCUGGGUGUACACCUGUGCACACACUACCACUCCGCAUACUGCUAAGAUGGC